GCAUAUUAAUUGCGGGAAAUUGCGUCGCCCUUUCUUUUUGUUUGGUUUGUGGAGGCCGAGAGGGAGCAGUGUUGGCUCGAGACGAUUGCAGAGAUGGUUAUGGAAAUUGUGGAACCAAACGCGUGCAUUAGAGGUUGCUGCAGCAGCAAUUCCAUUCCUCUCCAUCUUCCACCUUCCUCUUACACUCUCCUCAAACCCAUUGCCCGAGGGGCUGAGAGUGUUGUAUACGAAGCACUUUUGGAUGGGAAGAAAGUUGCUGUCAAGAAACCCAUCUUGUCUACUUCUGAUGAUCUUGAUAAAUUCCACAAGGAAUUGCAAUUGCUUUGUAAGCUGGAUCAUCCGGGAUUAGCAAAAUUGGUAGCUGCGCAUGCAAAGCCUCCCAAUUACAUGUAUUUCUUUGAAUUCUUUGAAUCACCCAAUUUGUCUGAGAAACUACACAUGGAAGAAUGGACUCCGACUAUCGAUCAGGUGCUUGUGAUUGCUCUCCAUUUAGCAAAGGCUUUGCAAUACCUGCAUAACCUCGGGAUUGUACAUAGGGAUGUGAAACCGGCAAAUAUUCUUCUUGAUAACGAUCUUUGUCCCCACUUAGCAGACUUUGGUUUGGCUGUAUAUAAAGAAGAUCUUAAAGGAGUUUCUCUUGAGAAUUGGAGGUCAUCUGGCAAGCCUACUGGUGGUUUUCACAAAAAGAAUAUGGUUGGCACACUCAUUUACAUGGCACCUGAAAUAUUGAAGAAGGAAACUCAUACAGAAAAGUCAGACGUGUACAGCUUUGGUAUUUCACUCAAUGAGGAAUACACAAUGUUUCACUGCCUUAGUUGUGAUAUCUGCCAGUUCACCCUGGGUUUUUAUGAGCAAAGUGCCAAUAAUCCCUUACGUCAUGUUUUUCUUCAACUCCUAAGUGAGCUUCUUACUGGUGUUGUUCCAUAUACUGAUCUUCGUGCGGAAGCCCAGCAGGCGCACACUGUACUGGAGAUGAACUACACAGAGCAGCAACUUACAGCAGCAGUGGUGUCAGAUGGAUUGCGACCGGUUCUUGCUGAUCCUGAGUCUGGUGUGCCAUCAGCUUUAUUAUCAGUGAUACAGAGAUGUUGGGAUGCAAAUUCUCAAAACAGGCCUUCCUUCGAUGACAUAGUUGCUGAACUUGUUAUAAUUUUGAAACAGAGAGAGAAAAUAAAGGAGCCAGAUAGUUCCUUUCACGAUUCUCUUAAUUCUCUUGGUAAUCAGCCUAUAGAUGUUGGCAACAAUCUUCAAGCUUAUCAAGAGGGUAUUAACUGGUUUACUCAGGGAGAAAAUUCCAUCAAUAGAGCUUGUGAACCUAAGCAUGGGUUGGAAAAGUGGCUUCAGGCUUCAAAUGAUACUUUGGCAUAUCAUCCAGUACUUUCUUGGGGAUCCUUUGCUACCUGUGGCAGAAGAGAGACGAUGGAGGAUACACAUUUCCUUUUGCCACAUGUGUGUAAUGAAAGAGAUAUCCAUGUUUUUGGUAUUUUUGAUGGUCAUAGAGGUGCAGCAGCUGCCGAAUUUUCAGCUCGAGCUUUUCCAGGAUUCCUGCAAGCUAUAAGUUCGAUUAGCAGUCCAAGCAGUGCAUUGUUCGAGGCAUUCAUUAAGACUGAUAUAGCAUUUAGAGCUGAGCUGGAUAUUUCUCGUAAAUCCAAGAGAGUUAUCCAGAAGGACUGGCAUCCUGGUUGCACUGCAGCUGCAGCUCUUAUUGUUAGAGACAAACUUUUUGUAGCUAAUGCAGGAGAUUGCAGGACAAUACUGUGUCGUUCUGGCCACCCCUUUGUUCUAAGCAAGGAUCACGUUGCAAGCUGUCUCGAAGAAAGGGAUCGGGUUAUUAGUGCAGGAGGAGACGUAAGAUGGCAAGUUGAUAAUUGGAGGGUGGGUCGUGCUGCUCUUCAGGUUACUCGUUCCAUAGGUGAUGAUGAUCUAAAGCCUGCUGUAACUGCGGAACCUGAGAUAACUGAAACUAUUCUCUCCCCAGAGGAUGAGUAUUUGGUAAUGGCAAGUGAUGGACUGUGGGAUGUUGUGAGCAAUGCGGAGGUUGUAAGCAUAAUCAGGGACACGGUGAAAGAGCCUGGAAUGUGCUCCAAGAGAUUGGCGACUGAAGCCGCUGAACGUGGGAGCAAAGACAACAUCACAGUCAUUGUCGUCUUCCUCCGUCCUGUCUCCACAGCUGAGAAUUUUCUAGGUUGGUUUGCUAGUUUUUUCAACUUAUGAAUGCAAAUGUGGGAAGAAAUUUACCCCGGAAAAUAAAAAAAGGGUGAAUUAUGUACCUAAUUUGAAAUAUUGGUAGGUGUACGAUACCAAGACCAACAUUGUAUUUUCUAUAGGAUAUUCUUUGAAUAAAAUCAUCUCCCGGAUAAGCUUCGCGGGUCGGUGGUCUUUGUAAUAGAAGAGAUAUUUGUAGGUACACAUGCGCUUGUUUGGAGAGAUCAACGAAGCAGCCUUGGGCUUUAUUAUUUGAAAGGAUUGUGGAGAUCCAGUUUAUGGGGGAGCCAGAGAUACAGGUUAUAUUAAUGUUCUAGUGGCUGAAGGGCAAGCUCUCCUUGAUGUUUUCAAGUUUGCUGCUACUAGACACAUUCGGAGACUUGAAAUUGAAGGGGAUUCUAAGAUUCUCGUUGACGCUAUCAAUCUUAGGUCUGCAGCACCUUGGCUAAUCAACACUUUAAUCAUGGAAAUUCAGCGUGCGGCUUGUUAUUUUGAUCAUAUUUCUUUCCAA